AUGCUCAAAAGACAAGAGUUUACCAAGACCAUCCAUCGUCGCUCUUGGCUGCGUCCAAGUGUUGUCAUUUCGUCCACCCUCUACGAACAGACUGACUCUAAAUCUCUUGAGUCUGGGGGCCAAAACUCCGGGCAGCCUGGCCUAGAUGGCGAUGGCCGCGCAUUCUGCACCGGAAUUGUUUGUUUCGAGAAUCGAGACCUCGUCAACACAAGCUUACUUGACUAUUCCAUCUUGGCUCUCGCCCAGAGUCGUAGUCUACCCCCUGAAGGCGUCCAUGCACCCUACGAUCCCAUCCACCUGCAACGUUGGUCGUCGACAAAUGUUGCCUCUUCCAAGUGCCGACAGAGGAAGAGGAGCCAUGAUGGCAUGGGUUUGUCUCUCCAGCGAGAACGAACUCCCCCGUUCUACAUGGACCCCAGGCCCGUUGGUCAGGAAUCACAACGGCGGAUGUUCCCAAGGGUUACACUCCUCGUCUUUGCCGAUAUUCGUCGCCCGCCCCGGUUGCGCAAGGCCCUACACACCAAAACACGCUUACCUCUUCAGACGGAUGCACCGUCACUGCCUCAAGCUUUCUGUCAUCCAAGCCCCUUGGACGCAAAUCUCGGUGCUCACAGUCGGCCAAGCCGGUCAAACGGCACUAGAAUGCAACUCGAGCGAUUGUGA